AUGACAUUAAUAAAUGAAGAAAAUAAUUACAAUGAAAAUAUUCAAAAAAAUAAAAUUAUGGGAAGCCGAAAGGAUGGACUUUCUUCUCAUUUAACUUUAAUUAAUUUUAUGAAAGGAAUGAUUGGCUCUGGUAUUUUAACUUUGCCUAUAGUUUUUAAACAGGCAGGGCUUUGGACUGGAUUUUUUUUAGUUUUUAUUUUUGGAUUUUUAAAUACAUUAACGAUGACAUUAUUAGUUAAAAGUGCACAUUAUUUGUCAAAAAGAAAAAAUGAAAAACAAAAAGAAGAAAAUUUAAAUGUUGAAAUUGAAAAUGGGGAAAAAAUUUUAAAAAAUAAAAGGGAAAAAUAUUUAAAUGAAAAUAAUGAACCAAUGAAUUAUGGAGAAGUAAUGGAAGCGGCUUUAAUGGAAAGUGGAUUUGAAUGGAGUAAAAAAUGGGCAAAACCAGCAAAAUUUUUUGUUAAUGGGACAAUAAUUCUUUUAUUAAUGGGUAUUGGGUGUAUUAAAUAUGAUUUUAUUGUUGUACAUUUACGUGAGUUAUUCGGGCAAUUUACAAAUUUCCAUGCAUCUGCACUUGCUUGGGCUUUGAUAAUAUUUCCUCCAAUGGUUUUAAUUAAUUUUACACGAACAUUACAAAGAAUUGCAAUUUUAAAUACAGUUGGGAAUGUUUUUAUGUUUGGAGCUUAUGGAAUUAUAUUUUAUCAUUUACUUCAAUCUCCACACAAAACAUCUCAACUUCCUUGGAUCGGUUCUCCAUCAGGUGUAUUCACAGCUUGUGGCUCCAUUCUUUACUGUUUUGAGGGACAAGCAUUAGUAUUACCCAUGGAAAAUAAAAUGAAACAUCCUUCAGAAAUGUUGGGGCCUUUUGGUGUUUUGUCUACAGGAAUGGCUUUAACAGAAAUUUUUGAUUCGGCUGUCGGAUUUCUUGGUUAUUCUAAAUUUGGUGAUGAAAUCCAAGGAUCUGUCACAUUAAAUCUCCCUCCAACAUCUUUACUUACUUUUGUAAAAAUUGUUUUUACAAUAAUUUCUUUUCUCGAUUUUUUACUUCAACAAUAUGUUACAAUCCAAAUGUUAUGGCCACCAUUAAAUAAAUAUUUAUCUAAUUUAUUUCCUUCCUCAAAAAUGUUGAGGGUUGGAGAAUAUACAUUCCGUGCAAGUCUUGUAGCUUUAACUAUGUUAAUUUCAAUUUUUAUACCUCAUCUUGAACAUAUCAUGCCGCUUGUUGGUUUUAGUGGAGGUGUUUUCCUUGCUUUUAUUUUUCCUCCCAUUAUCGACACAUUUACUUUUCUUUCAAUUGGAUUAACUGAAUAUUAUGAGGAAAAUAAUAAAAGGAAUUUAAUUCAAAUCUUUAAACGAUUUGCUUUAAAUUUUUUAUUUGUCUCGAUUGGCUUGUUUGGAAGUAUUGUUGGAUUAAAAUCUUCAUUGGAAGCAAUUUUUGAAUUAAAUGGAAAUUAAGUUUUGGAUUUUUUUAUUUAUUUAUGGCAUAAUAUUAGAAUUGGAGACCGAAAUGGGAGUGUCAUACAAAAGUCGAGGUCUACAAGAAUUCUUUUGUUCAAGAUCUCGUCUCGGUCUCUAAUUUAGAAUUAAUAUGUAUAUUGUUGGCUUUUUCAAUUCAUUUAUUUUUUUAUUUCACUUCUUCAAAAAUUAUCA